UCAAUUCGUAGAGAUUUAAUACUUGAAUAGCGUUAAUUUUACUAUCAUGGCAUAAAUGAUUAUAUUUUAUUUGCUCCAUUACAUUAAAACAGGUUUAUCAGUUGCAAUGGUGAGGAAUGGAGAAAUCUUUACUGAUGGAUUUGGUUAUUCAAACAUUGAUACUCUAACUCCUGUUACCAGUACUACAAAAAUGAAUAUUGGUUCCGUUACAAAAACAUUAACGUCGAUGAUGUGGGCAGUACUCAUUUCAGAAGCGAAAGACAAAAAAGAUUCAAGCAUUGACUGGAAUACAAAAGUACAAGAUAUUUUGGGCUCCAACUUUAUAUUAAACGAUAGCUGUAGAGCAUCGUUAGUGUCUUUGGAGGACUUUUUGUCUCAUCGAACCGGCCUGGAAUCAGCUGAUGUGUUGCUUCAAACGGGAGAAGGGGGACAUCGGUCACGUGGAGAUUUAAUCAAUAACUUAAAAGAAUUGGAAUCGAUAGAAGAAUUCAGAGACGUAUUUUCCUACAGCAAUAUUGGUUUUGUCAUGGUGGCAUAUCUGGCAGAAAAGAUUGGUAAAAAACCCUGGGAAACUUUGAUGAGAGAAAAGAUAUUUGAACCUCUGAAUAUGACAUCAACAGUCUUUCUGACAGACCAAACUUUUUCUGAGUUGGCGACUCCAUACUUGUUCGACGAAGAAAUAGGAAUGGAAGAAUCAGAUAAAAAUUUGGCCAUGUAUUUCCACACUGGAGGAUUAUACGGAUUUACUUCAGUUCUCGGGUUUAUUCCAAGCAAAAAUAUCAGUGUAUUCCUAAACUCAAAUGGCUUAGGGAAAUCAGGUUUCCGCAAUAUCAUGCUUCCAACCAUGUAUUAUAUCUUCGAUACAUUACUAGAGCUUGAACCUUGGUUAAAUGAUACAACAGCAUGUAGCUACCCGUCACCAUGGAAUCAUAUUCCAGAGAAAAAUUCGACAACGGGAAAUGAGACUCAAACUAACAUUUCAGAAACUAACAGAUUCAUUGGAAACUAUAGCAAUUCUCUUUAUGGGGAUGCAUCUGUUUCAGUUAUCAACGAAACGCUCACACUUCAAUAUGGAAAAUUACUCCAUGGAACUCUAUCUCAUCAUUCUCAAAAUAUUUUUAACUUAACAAUACUGGAGCCUUUGAAAAAAGUUUUAUCAACUAAUAUGAUCGUUACCUUUGAGAAUUUUCGCGAGGAACAGUUUCAACGACUUCGUUUGGAUAAACAUCCAAUCUUUGAUAGAGUUUCUUCUUACGUUAACAGAGCCAAUGCUGUUGGAUUUUCCUUUCUAUUAUAUAUGAUAAUUGUUCUGAACUGUUUAGUUUUUGUUUGAAGUUUUUAA